AGAGAGAGAGAGAGAGAGAGAGAGAGAGAGAGAGAGAGAGAGGCGCGCGCAGAACGCGCGAGGAUAUAUUGAUACAAAGCGACGCUGGUUUCUCCUCAGUGCGUGUGAGAGAGACCAUGCGUAAGGACGAUGGAGCAUUGGAACAGAUGAAGAUUGUCAGUGGUGUUGUCCAGCGAUCCCGAUGAGUGUCUCCAAACCACCUCCGCCCCACUCCCACUUUCCCCCCAGCAACCCGUCCUCUCACCUACCACUGCCUCCCACCUCCUCAUCUUCCCUCUCUCCCUCCACCCCUUCCUCGGCUGCAGGCCCCCCCAGUCCUGCCAUGCCUCCCCCUCCCUCCCCGGUAAAGAUCUCCAUGCAGGAGCACUUUGCCAUCAACGUGUGUCCCGGCCCCAUACUCCCCAUUCCUCAGAUCUCCGACUUCUUCCCUCGCUUCCACGACUUUCCCAUCACCCCCCUUCCGCCGCGGGAAAAACAGGUACUAAAGGACAAAGACAAGGACGUUGAUGCAGAUAGAGAGAAAGACCGCAAGAGGGAGAGAGAGCAGGAGGAAGACGGAGAUUUUGCCGACUCGGAUGACGAUGACACCUACCUGGGAACUCUGGAGUUUAAUCUACUGUUUGACCAAGAAAAUAACUGCUUACACUGCACAAUUCACAAGGCCAAAGGACUGAAGGCCAUGGACUCCAAUGGUCUGGCUGAUCCAUACGUGAAACUCCACCUCCUGCCUGGAGCAAGCAAGGCAAAUAAACUGCGCACUAAGACUUUAAAGAACACGCUGAAUCCGGUGUGGAACGAGACGCUAGUCUAUCACGGCAUCACGGCUGCUGAUAUGACCACCAAAACCCUCAGGCUGUGUGUAUGUGAUAUGGAUCGCUUGGGACGGAAUGAGUUCAUAGGUGAAGUCAGGGUGGCCCUUAAGAAACUGAAGGAGGGAGAGAGCAAGCGAUACAACAUGGGACUGGAGAGAAUUGCACAGCAGACCCGGGAGGGUAACAACCAGGCAUUGGAUUCUGGGGCUCCUGUUGCAGAAGAAGAGCGUGGUCGUAUCCUGGUCUCUCUGAUGUAUGCUACGGAGAAGAAUUCACUGGUUGUAGGAAUUAUUCGAUGUGCCCAUCUGGCUGCCAUGGAUUCAAAUGGAUACUCAGAUCCCUUUGUCAAGAUUGUUCUGCAGCCCGACAUGGGGAAAAAAUCCAAAUACAAAACGUCAGUGAAGAAGAAAACUUUAAAUCCGGAGUUUAACGAGGAAUUUACCUAUGAGGUCCCACAUGAUCAGCUUGCCAAGAAAACGCUGGAAAUCUCAGUAUGGGAUUACGACCUGGGCAUGAGCAAUGAUUUUAUAGGUGGAGUUGAAUUGGGGAUUAACGCAAAAGGAGACAGAUUGAAACACUGGUUCGAGUGUCUAAAAUACAAAGGAAAGAAAGUAGAAUACUGGCACACACUGACACAGCAAGGAGCCCCGAGCAGUGACUAACACACAUUCACACAUGCAGACUAGCACACACAUGGACACCUUUAUUACCUUCUGAUAAAUAAUACAAAAAAUAAUGGAGUAAUAAUGAUAAUGCAAUAAUGCUUAUUGUGAGAAUGAUGGUUAGUGGGGGUAAAGCAUAAUAACCAGAUAUCUCAGUCUGUCCUUCUCAGUCUUUUGUGAUGAGAGAGAAAAAGCAUCGGGUGAUCGGAUUGUGACAUACUGUACGACCACAUUGACCCCCUUUUCUGGUCUAUCCGUCACUUACGUGAAGUCGUACCGUGUUGUGACUAUGCCACAGGAGAUCAUGCCAUAUUGUUUCAUUUAUUAAAAAUGUGUGUAAAGCAUCCUGGUGUUUGUUAAAGGUUGUGAUGCUGUAAUUUUGCACACUGUCGAAGCACAACACAUCCAACUGACUGUAAACGUCUACUGUAUGUGUACUCGUGUAUUACCUUUUUGUCAUGUUUACAGUCUCCUCCAGCCUGACAAAAACGGAAAGCAAAAAUCGGAAGAAUGUUAACCGUCUCUGGAUUUAAUCUGCAUCGCAAUCUGCACAACUAUUCGUGUGUAUGCGUGAAUGUCCCCGUCUGUGUUUUUGUCUAUUUGUGAGUUUGUGUUGAAUAUUUGUACAGCGCUGAUGCACGUUGACGGACUGUCGCACCUUCUCUCUGGCGCCCUCUACUGGUUGAGAGCUCUGAUUGCAAGCACCACAGGUGUUACAUGCAAGGACAAAUGUACUGUUUUGGAGGUCGAAUCUUUCGUCUCUGAAAGGCCUCAUGCACAACCGCACACGACCCAACGGGUAAAUCAGCAAUCAAAUGAAACCUUUGAAGGAUAAACUAUCGGGAUGUCUUUUGGUCACAUGAGCGCAGAAUAGCUGACAUUCUCUCUGAUGAGACCUUGUAAUAUUAUGCACAUGUCUUUAUUUCAAUACGUUUUUUUACAGUUGCUUACUGUUGACAAGUGCUAUGGACAACGAGGUCAACUGUACAUGGAGUGGUGGAGAUCCAUGGGAAUUUCGGCUGUACUUGUAUCCAUGUGAUUGCAUUUAUAUCUGUAUUCCGAUUCAAGUUAUGUACCAAUACUAUUUAUUUGAAAUGAUUAAGUGCAGCAUUCUCUCUUUUUGUUAAAGACAGAGUGCUACCUCAGUUUUAUAACAUGUUGAGUGCAUUCACAUGUAUGAUGUUACGCCUAAUACCACGACAACACCAACACAUGAACACCUUAAACCAAGGUUGUGUGUUUGCUCUUUAUUUCAACCCAUUACUCUUUGCAUGUAAACUUUUUCACCAAAGUUUUUACAUCAAAACUGGAGAUAUUUUUAGUACAUGUAAAUGCACUCUAUUUACAAAUAUUCACAGCAAAAAAUAACAAUUGAGUUAACUGUCCUUUCAUGGCUGCGUUUUAAAUUUGAGUUUUGGUCUGAAUGCCAUAUACUUCAGAAAUGUUAUGCUAAGCAACUGCAUGCCAAAUGAAUGUCACAUUACUGUAAGCUUUGAUGGUUGUAAUCUAUCAUCAGACCCAUCUAAGGAUAUUUGUUUUUGCUCAGUGAACUGGGACAAUCCCGAGUACCUUUAAUGAACCAGCGUGGCAUUUAGAUAAUAGACUGGCAUAUCCUGCCAACCGAGAUGGGACUCGAGGGGGAGUUAAUGAACAAAGGGUCAAACUGAAGGAGGAUUAUUCAAGUGUCGAUCACGUGUCCUUGUUGACUGUCUGUGUGACUCAUGUGACGUGACUGCCAUCGUGUGUCGGUCUUUGUAAUUGCGUCUUGAAAAAUAAACUGGAGCAAAAAGUG